AUGGCGGAGGAGAAGCCGAGGAGAGACCCUCCAAAAGGCAAGAAGAACCCUUUCAGCCGCAUAGAAAACACCAGCUCAGCAGCAUCGACGAUGAGGAAGUCGUGGUCCACGGACUCGCUGGCGUUGAUGAGCAACAGCAGCCGCCUGGGGAAGGCGCCAUGCAUCUGCGCCCCCACCAAGCACGAGGGCUCGUUCCGGUGCAGGCUCCACCGCUCAUCCGCCGGCACUAGCAGCAGCAGCAGCAGCAGCCACGGCCAGGCCUUGGCCGCUCCUCCUCAUCCUCUUCUUACGCAGCUGCAUCUCCCAAAGUCAUUGCUCUCGUCUCGCGUGGAGUAA